CGGACUAUAGAAAAUUGGCGCAUGCGAACAUGUCAGCUCGCUACCGUUGAAACAAGAAUUGAUCGAACGGUAAUGGAGGGCGCUGCUCACACAUCUUGGGAUUAGUGAAAAUUCCUACAAGGAAGCCAGUGACUUGCCAAAUUGAUAUUACAAAAAAGUGGUGCCGCCCCACCGAACACCGUUGCCUAGUUGCCAUGGUAUAGUACAGGCCGACCCGUAGGUAGUCGAUGUUCUUCCUCAACCAAUCAGCUGUCUUCUUGUCAUCAAAACAACGAUCCUCCAACUUGCUACAAUGUACGGUGUACAGAUCGGAUGUGUUGUCCUUACCUUGGUGACAAUUUCUUGCGCCCUUGAAGUAUGCUACGUGAAACAGCUUGAUGGGACUUCCCAGCUAAAGACCUGCACUUACUCUUGUUGUGGAAUUACGUAUUUAAAGUACUGCUGCGGCUCGUCCAGUUUCAGCAGCACCAACCACUACACCUACUCGUUGACCACAGGAGCCAUUAUCGGCAUCGCAAUUGGUGUCCUCUGCCUCAUCGGUCUGAUCGUCGGACUCAUCAAAUGUUGUGUCUGUUGCUGUAAGUCCACGCCAGGACAACGAGGUCAAGUGAUGCCAAAUCAACAUCAACUGAUUGUAGUGUCAGGCACAACAAACGCAGCCUACACUCCUGGAUAUGGUCCGGCUCCAGUAGCAUAUCCUCCGACUCCAGCAACAUACCCCCCGGUUCCAGGGGCAUACCCGCCGGCUCCAGCCUACACUCAAGCAGCCUAUCCCUGAGAGAGGCCGGGAACGUACCCGCCCCCACAAAAUGCAGCAUACCCACUCCCACAAGGUGGAGUGAACCCGCCCGCACAAGAAGCUGCCUGACCCCACCAAAUGAAGUUUCUAAGCCGCUAGCCCUCGGGAACAAUACAAUACCCAAAUAUACUACCCAUCAAAAGUUUAGACUCGCUUAAAACAUUCACUAUAUGUUAUGUAUGUAUAAAUGGUCACAA